AUGCGACGAAAUCCGCCCGCUCGACGGCUGGGGGUCUUUGCCGCAGCAGCGACCCUCGCUAUGGCCUCGUCCUCGGCCCCCGACAGCUUUCCGAUGGUAGACUUCGCGCGCAUGGGCACCGUCAACCUGGGAGGCGCCUUUUCAGGACUCGACUGGUUCUCCGAGCAGUCACCGUUCGCCGCGGCGUCCUCGUCAUCUAGUGGAACGACGUUCUCAUCAACAGGAGACACGCUCGUCGCGCGGAGUCCAGACGGAUCGUACACGGUGGUUGCUUCUGCCAAUGCUGGCGGAACCAUCAACGCCCUCUGUUACUCGUCUAAGGACGACACGUUGUAUGCUGCAGGCAACUUCUCGUCACUAGCAUCAACAUCCACAUCCAACAUUGUCGCCUACUCGCUGUCGAAGAAGGAGUUCAGCGCUCUGCAAUCAGGGAUUCCAGGGACUGUCGACACACUCUACUGCGAUGACGACCACCACGAAGUGUGGGCAGGUGGAACAUUCGCAGCACCGCAAGGAGGCAGUGGCGCUAACGUUGCGCGGUGGGACACCGAGUCCAAACAAUGGACAGAAGUGCCCUUCGGAGGAUUGAACGGUCAUGUGGACGCCAUCGCUCCGAAUCAGGACGGAUCAAGUCUUUACUUUGGCGGAGAGUUCACAACGCAGUACGCCGACACGACGAAUACGACGUACCAGCUGCUCCGAUCAAUACCGAGCGCACCGAACAACACUGUCACCACUGGCAAGUCUGGGUACCUGACGCCGUUCACGAUUCCGGAGCAAGCAUCGCAGUGGUCCGGUCUCCAGAUCAACGCUGGACCAGCAUCGACCAACAGCCAGUACAACGACCAAAAGGCGCUCGUGUGCCCCGAGAGCGGAACGUGGAUGGCCCGUGACGGUUCCCCCGCCAAGAUCGAGAUCCUCAGUCACGCCUACCUGACCGGAGCAGGCAUUCGAAUCUCCAACGGCCACGUUGGCCAGAGCACUUCGAAGACGUUCACGGGCGCGAUGCGACCUGCACCGACGACUGCCCCCUCUCCACUGACCCGAAUGUUGGCGCACAGGACUUCCUUUUCGCCGACGGCUCCCUUUCGAUCACCGGUUUCGACGUCCACAUCACCUCGUGACGGCGACGCGGCUGCGCUCAAUUACAUUGAGCUCCUUUCGGAUGGCGCAUACUCGUCGGCAGUUGAGGCCGAGAACCACAGCUUAUGUGGACGAUCAAACAACAGGGUCAACGCCGCAGGCAACUGGGAAGCCGGUGAAUCCCCGUCCGAGAUCGCCGGUACCGUUGGUGGAUACCUGAAGGCCGACGUUCCCAAGUCGGGCAACUCUGACUCAUCUCUCACACUCUACCCCUGGGUCGGCUCCUCCGCGUUUUACGACAUCUACCUCGUCAUUCCCGGGUGUAACAACCUCGGUGACUGCGCUACCCGCACCUCUGUCGAUGUGUCUGUGUUCCCUGCACAGGACACUGGUGCCUACCUGUCAAAUGUUCAGGAGAGGGUCGAGGACUACACUCGUGUCAAGAUCUACUCUGGUUGGGUGGAAGCCUCGACUGAUGCUUUCAGCCCGACGAUCAACGUCAAGCUGGCCCAGAACCCAACCGGUGUCGAUGGAGACAACUAUGUGCUUGUCGCUAGCGGCGUUGAGCUUGUCUUGACCGGUGUGGAGGCCAACGGACAGAUGCCUUUCCCUGGCUCGACUACCACUCGUGGCCAGGUGACGGUCGCCAAUGGGCAGGGCAUCUCCACGCCUGCAGUCCAGUUCACUGGCACUGCCUACACCACCCGCACCGACGGCGUCGUCAUGAGCGGCACCAUGACAAUGACUGCUCCCCCAACCCUGAUCACUACCAACACGACGAGGGUGAACCAGACUCGCACGGAGAUCCGCAACUCGUACGGUGUUUUCGAGUGGCCUCGUUCUUCCAAUGUCAAGACCGACUCGCUCAUGCCGAACUCGACCGAAACCACGCUCACACACAUCGGCUUCGCACUCGCCAUGGCCAAGAAUGCCUCGGCUGACGGUAACCAGUUCAAGAUCAACACCAUCAACGAGCUCAAAGACUACAUCUUUGUCGGUGGCAGGUUCACUUCCAGGACGGGCAGCAUCUCGAAUGUCUUGACUAUCAAGAAGGACGAGGCUUCCCCUGCUGCUCUCGCCAACGACGGUCUCAACGGCCUCGUUAACACCGCUACCGUGGCGGACAACUCGAUCUACUUUGGUGGAGAGUUUACCGGCACUGCUCAGGGCAAGACGGACCUCAAGUACAUCGCCAAGUACGACCCCGAGGCCAAGUCUUGGAGCCCGGUCGGUGGUGGCGUUGACGGCCCUGUCAAGUCGAUUAGGGCUAUCGACGGCGGACUGCUCGUCGGAGGCGACUUCAACAACGUCAUGUCGAACGGCAGCUCUUCCGCAUCGACAGGAGGCUUCGCCGUCUACAACUUCUCGACCUCGGACUGGAACGACUCCGGCAUCAUCUACGGCAAUGGUUCGGCAUGCCUCGACGCCAAGGACGGCUUCGUCGCAGGUCGCUUCACUGGGUUUUCCCGCAACUCGGCCCAGGGCAUCGCCUCGAUCAAGUCGAGUAACGGCAAGCCGGCAUCGAUCGAGCCUGUCAAGGGUGCCACCUUCACUCCAGGAUCGGGUUCCGGCAAGGCUUCCAAUGCCACGAACCAGAAGUCCCGUCGGGGCUUCAUUUCGCACUUCCGUCCGCGUAUGCUGUCUGCUCGAGCGGAUGCGCCCGCCAUCAACGACCCUCCCGCGAUCGCCCCUGCUACGCUUACUGGCGCGUACUGGGAGAACGGUAAAUCUCAUGUCGUCGUUCUCGGCGGAAACUUCACUGCGCAGGACAACACCGUUCGGGGUGUCGCGUUCCAGGAGGGCGAGAAGCUCACUGGCCCGUCGCCCCCUGUCGACGGCGUCGUCCGUGCGCUCGAGGUCCAUGCUGACACGCUCUACGUUGGUGGCGAGGCUCUCCGCGUUGACGGAUUGUCCGACUCUGGGGUCUACGUGUAUGACCUGAAGGGAAAGGAGUGGCGCAAGAACUACAUUCCGCCGCUCGCCACUAAGACUGGCGACCCGACCGUCAACUACAUUCGCAACCGUCCGAAGACUGACGACGUCAUUGUCGCGGGUGACUUUGCCACUGCGGGCUCGCUCUCUUGCGCAGGCAUCUGCAUGUGGCAGAACAACCGCUGGCAGUCGCUCGGCAGUGGUCUGCAGAAUGGCGAGGUGAAGAGCUUUGGGUUUGCUGAGGAGAAGGCGUCUAGCCUCUUCGUCGGUGGCUCCUUUACGCUCGACAACAAGCCCACGUACGCCGCCCUGUUCAGCUUUAACAACCAGACCUGGACUCCGCUGAACGGCCUUCCUGGCCCCGUCCUCUCCAUCGCUGUCGAUGACAACAAGGCUUCCAACGUCUUUGCCUCGGGAUACGGCGAAGGUGACAACAAGCCGUACCUGCAGCGCUGGGACGGCUCCUCGUGGAGCGAGCAGAACUCGUCGGCUCUGCUCCCCGGCACGAACAUCAACAACCUUGCGUUUGUACCCCUCAGCGAGGGCCACAAGCACGAGGCUAGGGGCGCGAUCGAGGACAACCGUCUGCUGAUGGCCACCGGUCAGGUCCACCUCGCGCAGACCGGCAACGUUUCCUCGGCCCUGUUCGACGGUGCCAAGUGGAUCCCUUACAUGGUCGGCUCGACGGCUGCCGGCACGCUCGGCGCCGCCUCGGGCUUGUUCUACUCGGACCGCUUCUUCAACUUUGAGGUGCACCACUACCUGGACCGCGGCAUCGUCGUUCUCGUCGCCAUGGCGAUCGCGACGGCGCUCAUUCUGCUGCUCAUUCUGCUCAUUCUCCUUGCCGCAUACUGCAUGCGUCGGUACGAGCGCCGCCACCGCCCACAGGAGAUCUACGAAAAGGCUCCGUCGGAGGUGUCGUCGACGCACCAGAUCAUGCUGAACAGCGUGCAGACAGCGCUGGAGCAGUCACUCCUGACGCCUGGUGGCGUCGCACGUGCCGGCGCCGCGGGCGGUGUGGGCAGCCUUGCCGCCGCUGGCGCAGCCAAGCGACGGUCGUCGCAUCGCGACUCGGACCACUCGCACUAUACCGACGAGGAGGAGCACCACCGACCAGAUGCGGAUGAGUUCCUCGCCGCGGGCGCGGGCUCGGAUGCCGACUCGGACGACGGCGGCCGCGAGACUGUGAUGCGGUACGACUUUGGCGGCCCCGACCUCGAGACGGGCGAGCUGUCGAUGCGCGCGGGCCAGCGCGUCAUCAUCCUCGACGACGAGCAGAGCGAGGAGUGGUGGUACGCCCGCGACCCAGCAACGGGACGCGAGGGUGUCGUCCCCGCAACCUAUGUUCUGUAA